AUGCCCUCUUCAUCACCCCAGAGACAAAACAGUGUCAUAACAGCAAUUAAUGAGCUGUACACUGACUACGUUGAGGAAUCUGAUGAUGAUAUAGACCUUGAUUGGCUGAUUGCCCUCACUGAAGAAAUCGAUGGAUGUCAUCCAAAUCCCUGUUAUAACAAUGGUACAUGUGUGAAUCUUGAUUACGGCGAUUUCAAAUGCAUUUGUUCUCUGCCCUUUCAGGGUGACAAAUGUCAAAAUGUUAAAAACAUGUGUAAGAAUGUCAAAUGCGGCCGUGGUGAGUGCGUCCUUAUUGAGACAGAGCCCUUUUAUGAGUGCAAGUGUAAGCCGCCUUUCCAGCCUCCCAACUGCAGGAGAGUCUUAGCCUGUAAUCCCAGUCCCUGUUUGAAUGGUGGAACAUGUGUGAAAGGUUAUACAAGGUCUAAAUUUCACUGCAAGUGUCCUGAAAACUACACUGGAAAGCUCUGCCAAUUUGGUCCUAAUGAAUGCUACGAGGGAGAUGGGUCCUCAUACAGAGGUUUCAUUAGUGAAGACGAGUAUGGAGAUGAGUGUCUACCUUGGAACUCUUACCUAAUAUUUCAGCAGUAUCCUGUCGCUGAUGAAGAUGAAGAUGUAGAAGAUGAUGGAAUUGGACCUCAUAACUAUUGUAGGAACCCAGAUGGGGAGAAACAGCCCUGGUGCUUCUUCAGAUACAGAAAAAAGUUGUUAUGGAAUUACUGUAAUAUCACACGCUGCCCUAAACCAGUUUCUACAACUGAGAUAACAACUGUUAGAGGGGUAGAGCCUACUGUAAAGGCAGAGUUCUCUGAGUGUGGAAAGCCACAGCCAAGUAAGAUCGCACCUAGGAUCUUUGGUGGGAAGAAGUCCAGGCCUGGAGCUUAUCCCUGGCAAGCCUCUUUGCAAGUGCGCCCCAAAAAUAGCACUGAAGGCUUCAAUCACUAUUGUGGGGGAAUCCUUCUCAACUCCUGCUGGGUUCUUACUGCUGCUCACUGCAUUGAAACCACGUUUGAGAUGCAGGUGGUUCUGGGUGGGGUGGACAUACAGAAGAAUGAGGCAAUAGAUCAGACUGUGGGAGUCGAAGAUUAUAUCACGCAUGAGAACUACACAGAUAUUGACAGUGUCCUUUACAAUGACAUAGCUCUGCUCAAACUGAAGGCUGUGUCUGGAGAUGGACUUUGUGUCAAAGAGACUAGGUUUGUCAAAGCUGCUUGUCUGCCCCCUGGCCCUUUUCCUGAUGGGACGAUCUGUACUAUAUCUGGCUAUGGAGCCACUGAGAAAAAUGACCGUGGUUCCGGUCACUUGCUGGACACGAAAGUUCUCCUGAUUAAUGAGAAACGCUGCAUGGCUCCUGAUGUUCUUGGUAAUGUGCUGGAUGACAGUAUGCUCUGUGCUGGACGAAUGCAAGGACAGUUUGACACGUGUUCGGGAGACUCUGGGGGCCCUCUUGUCUGUAAACAGAACAACAUACAUUAUGUCUAUGGAGUGGUGAGCUGGGGUGAUGGCUGUGGCAAGAAGAAUAAACCGGGUGUUUAUGCCCGUGUAACCCACUUCCUUGACUGGAUCAAUGAAAAGAUGCGCUCCACAUAG